AUGAGUAGUCAUAUGAGAUUGCGCUCCACCAUUCGCCCGCCAAAUCGUUACGGCGAAGUCAGCGAGACUGAGACGGGAUCUGCCCUUGUAGUGGAUUCCACUGGCCCAUCUCCUCGCUCCAACGGACGAAGUGGAAGAGAUCAUAUUCAAGCUCAUAUUAUGGAAUUUGAUCCGACCCUACCCCCGGCAGCAUUCCCGUCGCUGAAGCAACCUCGCCCACUUAGGGUUAAUGGGCUGCAUGGAAUUCUCAGACAAGAGACCGAUGAUCUAGACCUAUGCCAGACCAUCAGGCAUAUCAGCUGGUCUCAGUCUUUACCAGAUUCAAGUGCGAAUGCGAGCGACGUCUAUGACAGAAUCAUUCAUUCGACCCCUCUGAAUAGCAUUGAGAAUCAAGUCGCCAGUAACACGGAACUCAAUCCAAUUUAUGUCAAAAAUAUGGCGGGAAUGGCUUCUCAGCCUAGUGGGCAUGAAUCGUCUGCUCCUGAGUUCGAGGAUAGUGAUCCAGAUGAACCCAUAGACGCGUCAGAAGCCUUGGGUAAAAAGAUUCCAAAUCCUACCUGGAAAGACAUUUCGCGUCCGCUGCAAGUGGAGAUUGUCGAGAACAUGAUGAAGAUCGGAUAUUCUUGGGGGAGGAUAUGUGCGGAGCUCGAAAUUCACAAAGGGGACCGGGAUAGAUUGAGAUAUUUCCUGCGAGUUCGCAAUCAGCAAAUCGCAAGAGAGAAUAAGAUCUUGGCGAAGAUGCGCGGGAAUCAAUUGCGUGCUCUCAUGCGCAUUGAAAAUAGUGACAUCAGAAGAAACGACGUGCCUCACCAGCUUGUGUUGCGGAGAUACUCAAAGAAUGCCACUCGAGCCAUUCAGGGAGCCGUUGGGGGAUCUGGUAAUCCAGAUCUUUUUCUUUGUACAGCUGCUGAUGUUCUCGCUGCAAGACAGUACCUCCAUCGCCGCGCUUUACCACGAAGUUUUGCUGGAGAAUGGGGCCACAGUCUUGUGGCUCUGCAACCCCCAGAUGACGAGAGCAGCCUCGAGCCGGAAAAGUUCGAAUGGAGAGUAGACAUUCAUGCGGACUCGAACCUAUCGAAGGAACAGAUCAUCAGACAGCAUCAUGGUAAGCUCCCUGUUUUGCUGACCAAAAGAGGAUCCAUUCAAGUGACGGCAAGUAACGGAACUAUUAACCCUCUCGACCUGACUUUGCUACCCGAGCAAAGAAACGAACAGCCGGAUUGGAGUAUGUACUUCCCAGACUGGAGACCUCAGAAUGAAACGCCGAGAGUGAUGCCUGAACGACGAAGUGAUGGGAUAGUCACGUUGAAGAUCGGUUCCAAGGGAGCAGCACGAAUCAGAGACUCAGAAUCGCUCCAAAACAGCUUUGGGCUCUCCCCUCCAUCGCAAGUUAGACCGACUCCAAUGACCCCUCCACGGACCGAAUCCCCUAACCUGUUCUCGUCACCAUUGGUAGGGCCCAAUGACACUCCGACUAAGAUAUCACGCCAUCCACACCCAUGGCCAUCUCACCUAAUAGAGCUUGUCAAUCAACCACUUGAAAAGCUUGAUGGGGCCACCAAAGCUCAACCCUCCCUCCCUUUCAUACCUCCACGGAGACCAGGAAGACCCAUCAAGAGAAUGCUGGGGGGUCCAUGGUCCAUGAGUGCAAUUUGGGGCAUUGAACCAUCUAUCGCGCAAGCACGAUACACGCAGCAAAUUGAAGAAGCGAGAGUUGAAGCCGCGUGCUUGAGAUCGAGAGUGGAGUUCACACAGGAGAUACGAGAGGCUGAACAGGCUUGUAUGGACGAGGCACAGAGAGAAAGAGAAUCCCCUGGUCAGUCUAUGGCUGCAGCUGUUAACUCUCUUCCGGACAAUGUGUUCACGCGCGACAUGCCUCGCCUUCCUGAACUUCAGGAAGUUCUUUUCACCGAUCCCAAUCCAAAGGUUUAUCGUAGGUGGAUUGAUGAUUCGGUAAGCCUUUCUGGUACGGAUGGUAUUAUUGAGGAGUGCUUGACAGAAGAGUAUUUGAAUGCUCUGCGGUUCAGGGUUAAAGACUCGGAUUAUUUGAACGGGAAUUGGCCGGGCGAGGGCUAUCGGCAGGAUGAGAUGGCAAUGGUUCCAACUCCAACGCGGAGUAAGGCUCACAGGAUUUGA